GCGGUCCACAACAUGGAAUCCCAUGAGCGUCUUUAAAUGUCUGCAGUGACCUCGGACACUUCUCCACAUAAAGCUGCUGCAAGAUGAGCUGGCAGGGCACCAAGCAGCAAGGUCCAGCACGUCCAGCACAGCACAGCACACACUUUUGCUACACCAAGGGACCAUGGCAAAGAGCACGGCAGGGCGGACGGAUCUGGCAACAUUUCCAGCAAUAUCAGGCUUUGCCGGGCCAUCAACUAUAUAGAUACCGGCCUUAUUAGGUUGCUGGCUGGCUGUCCCAUUACGUCGUGUUCGCUUUGCUGUCAAUGUUGUGCCCUGUCUGCGCCCGGGUUGCAUAUGAUGUUUAUGCGUUUCGCCCUGUUCCAUGUCUCUUUUGUUUUUAAAUAUCUUUUGGUCCGAGGCGAGGUGCUACACUAUGGGGGUGUGUCGCCGAGGUCCUUCCAGAAAGGAGGGAGAACAUGGUUCAACUGCGUUGCACACAAAGGACGGUCCCAGGCAACUUGUAAGCUUGAAAAAGUGACCAGUGGUUUGCAAAGAGCGCCACGCAGUUGCAGCAGGAGUUUCGAAUUCCGAUGGAAGGGACACGAUAUGUGGUUAUUGUUCCACAGAUGGCGAUGGCGCACAGGUUGGGACGAGAACGCCAGUACCUACAUACAAUGCAGACCCUUUGGGCUCAUUGAUGUUGUCGGUCAUCGGUGUUGAGAGACGUGAAGAUGACAUGGAGGGUUGGGUUUGCUAUGUCCGGAAUCCGUCCUGGAUCCUGAGCUUCCCCAUCCGGAUGUCCUCAAACCUGACCCGACCUCCCGCUCUGCUUGAGGCAUCCUCUCUCCAUCAAGACAACGUGAAAGAGACAUGACACCAAGGCCUCCCAAUUCCGGACUGGGCCAUUCGCAGUUUCAAUUCCCUCUGGAGAGAAGCCCUUGCCCGUUGAUGAAACAACAGGGCUCUUCUCACGUCGCAUAGCUGAACAAUCGCUGCCCAACGCCCACACAUCCAAAAGCAUUGCCCUGUCAAUU